UCGUUUACUGAACAUGCUAUUGCAGUGUCUCUUCUGCGUGAUCCUUUGGAAUUAAUUUCUGCUCUGGGAGCAGCAUUAUUAAUAGCUGGACUUUCUUUUUUUCCUGUCUUUUCUUUCCCCCAAUCCUGCUUUAAAGUGACCAGCUGGUAUCAUGUUGGUGUUUUUCGACAGCCUCCAAGGCAUUUCUAUGGUGGAAGCAUCCAAAAUACUGGAUGUAGAACUGUACACACUUAAAGUGAACUUUAGUGUUGAAAUGUGGCUAACAGAGGUGAGAGCAGUGUCUGCAAGUUCCAUGUGCAUGAGCAUACAUUUACUAGAUUUUAAGGGAUGCAAAUAUGAUCCUUUUAAAGAAAUAAACUGGAAACUGGCAAUUCCUAGUGAGUUGUCAGAAGAACCCUUGAACCUGCAACGCUGCCCCUGCACCCUAAAGCAGCACAAGACCGGUGCUGGUGCUGCCACUGCCACCUUCUUUUUUAGGGUUGAGACUUUUUUUAGCCUGAGCAAUAAAAAACAACCCUGAAAAACUCUAGCACCCCCAACCCCUCUCUCUGUCUUCUCUUGACGAGGAAAUGGAAGACUACUUAAAUGCAGAUGUGGUCAAGCUGGGCAGGUGUGGUUGAAAGCACAUCAGCUAUACCCUGAGAAUUUGUAAGGCGGUGGAUUAUUGGCAUAAAUUUAGGGAUAAUAGUCUUUCUAUGUGCUAAUCCUGUCUGCUACUGACUCCCUCUGUGGCUUUUAUAACCCACCUCAGCUCUCUUACCACUCAGCUUUCCCCUCUGAGAAAUAACAUUUAACUUGUGCUCGUGAAGUAGGUGAAUCAGCUUUAAUUAAGAUUUGUUGAGCAGUUUGUUGAUGAGUUCCAUAUAAAGCUAGUUACUAUUUUUUAUUAACACAGAGAUAUUCUUAGCACCUGAAGGGAAAGAUGACACAACACUCAGGAUUUUCUGGGAAACAGCCCUGUGAAAGGAGACGGCACAUGCUAAUGAAGGCUUUGUCAAACCUCUUCUGGCUGCGGUUUGUGAGGCAGCUUGCUCCUAAAGCUCUGACAAAAACCCCCAAAGUCCCCUUGAAUCACUGGGAAAUCGGAAAUGUUCCUGGAAGUUAAGCCCCACUUUUACAUAUGAUUUGUAGGUCUUGUCCCCUUGCUGGAUUUCUCGCAGAGCUUUAGGUCAGGAUCUGCUGCAGCUGUGUGUGUAUGGCAUCAGCUGCACAGGCACAGCUGCUCUUGCCUGCUUUGAAACACCUUGUUUCAAUGAUUUCAAUUGCUUUCAGUAAUCAUCGUCUCAAAUUAUUCUGUGUGGGGUAGGGAGGGCUUGCCUGCUCAGCUGUGUGGUGACACUUAAUGGGCUACAGCCCAUUGCCCAGGUUGGUGGGGCUGUUUGGGGAUAAGGGAGGAGGAGCGAAGUCUUGCUCUUCCCCACAGGCAGCCCAGGUCAGCACCCUGCAGCACGUGGGAAGGCUGUCUUCACUGCCAGAUUAGCUUGGUGGCAAGUUAAGCUGAAGAGCUUCGUUUAUGAAAGUGUGUCGCUGUGGGAGCGGUUGCGGGAUCCCUUGUUGCACUAGGGCUCUGCGAGUCAUCUUCUCAGUGGGAACUAAGCUUAAGGAAGAGGAGUAACUUUAACUGGAAUACCUUUAACUGGAGAAAAAGUCACUGUCCACACACAACCAGCUCUAAGCACCCCGAGUUCUGCUGGUGGCAAUGUCUCACUGGGCUCAUCUCCUCUCUGCUGCUGCUAAAGUCAACCUGCUGGUCUUGGUGGUUUCUGCGGUGUUUUCCUGGUCAAGCCUAAGCGACAGAGUUCCUGAGUUUGCCCUUACAAAAAUAGAAGAGAGCGACAUAAAAGAUGACAGUGGGAAAGAGCCGAUAACAGAAGACGAUGCUGAUCCUGAAGACCUGGAAGUGUUUUACCCCACACAUCAGUGGCAAACCAUCCGUCCAGGUCAAGCCGUUCCUGCAGGGUCACACGUACGAUUGAAUCUGCAGACGGGAGACAGAGAAGCCAAGCUCUCAGAUAGUGAAAAUGGAAAACGUGACACGAGAGAAGAGAGAAGAAGAAAAAGGGUGGAUGUUGACUCAAAUUCAUUCACAUCCCAGGAGCUGAAGAAGGCAUUGGCUAAACUGAAGGAAAGUGAGAGGGCAGAAAGGAAGGCCCACGAGGAAGAGGUGAGGAAGAAGUUCCGGCCCAUAGAGCAGCUGAAGGAGGAGUUUGAAAAGCUGAAUGUGAAGAUGGAAACGGAUUAUGAAAUUAUGGUUAAAUUAAUCAGCAAAUUCAACAGCUCUGCCUCCACACUGAAUGAAAAAGUAGCGGCACUUUAUGAUCUUGAAUAUUAUGUUCACCAGGUGGACAACGCCAAGGAUUUCCUCUCCAUGGGUGGGCUCCGGCUGGUGAUCGAUGGGCUGAACAGCACCGAGGCCACGCUGAAGGAGCACGCUGCCUUCGUACUGGGAGCUGCGCUGUCAGGCAACCCCAAAGUGCAGAUAGAAGCAAUCGAGGGGGGCGCGCUGCAGAAGCUCCUGGUUAUUCUGGCUACGGAACAACCCCUGGCUGUCAAGAAAAAGGCUCUCUUCGCGCUGUCCUCCAUGCUGAGACACUUCCCCUACGCCCAGCAGCAGUUCCUCAAGCUGGGCGGCCUCCAGGUCCUCAGGAGCCUCUUCAGGCAGAAGGGGAUGGAGACCCUCCAUGUCCGUGUGGUCACGCUCCUCUACGACCUCAUCGUGGAGAAGAUGCUGCUUGAGGACUCCCAGCACGGAGAGCAGACGGAGGAGAAAAUCCAGCAGUACAGGCAAGUCAAGCUGGUCCCGGCGGUGGUGGAGCAGGACUGGUGCGUGGUCGUUUCCAACCUGCUGGCCAUGCCGGAGCACGACACUCGGGAGAAGGUCCUCAAGAUGGUCAGCGUGCUGAUGGCCUUCUGCAAGGACCGCUACCGUGGGGACCAGGCACUCAGCACCACCCUCAGCCUCCUGCGCAGCGAGUACGAGGAGCUGGCAGCGGAGGAGCAGAGGGAAGGGGACAAAGAUGGCUAUUUCAAGGAACUGCUUGGCUCUGUAAAUACCAUCAUUCAGGAGUUAAGAUGAAGAGAGCUGUAGGUGCGGUUCAGUCCCAGAUGAUUCAGGGUAACAGUGUGAGUUUCGAUGGCACCAGUGUGAACGCAUUUCUGAAUAAACUGCGGGAGUAAAUGAGAUGCCACCA